UGGAAGCUUACUAAGUUUACCUCCAUGAUCGAAGGUGAAACGAAGGUCACAAGUUAUCAACAAUAUCUACCGCUGUACAAGUGAACUGUUUCGACUGAAGAAACUAGGGUGUGCGAUUGACAUCUGCAUAAGUGAUCUAAGUUUAGGGCGUACGACGCGACGUGUAACAGCGACUGCAAGACGAUCUAAAUACAAUGUCUGGUCAUUCACAUGAUGGUGAGUGUAGUCAUGGCGACUUUGCAUGUCCAUUUUCUGAUGAUCAUCCUGCCAUGAAGAUGCCAAAAAAUGUGGAGGAAAGCAAGGAAGUGUAUGAUGCUUGGAGUAAAACUUAUGAUAAGGACAUCAAUUUGUUCAAUUACAAUGGACAUAAACUUGCAGCAGAAUCCAUCGCCAAGACGAUUAAGAAUAAAGAUGCAGAGAUUCUGGACUUGGGAUGUUGCACUGGUCUUGUAGGAUUAGAACUGCAGAGAUGUGGAUUCAGUAAUGUAGAUGGUCUGGACAUUUCUGAAGAGUGUGUAAAACUGGCAAGAGAGAAAAAUGCUUAUAGAAAAAUAUACAUUGAAGAAACCUCACCAGAUAAACCACUCAGUUUUCCCACAGGUUCCUACGAUGUGGUCACAGUUGUUGGUGCUGGUAUGUUCUUAGAUAUAAAGACGAUGAAGGAUUGGCUGAGAAUCACAAAAACAGAUGGAUUUGUAGUUAUUGCUGUGAUGGAAUCUGAACUGACAGAUAAAGCCUUUAAGCCGACAGUGGAUGAGUAUCUUGAGAAGGGACUGAUGAAAGAAGUCCACAAAGACAUAGUCAAAGAUUUUAUGAUGGAAACCAAUGGUGCUGUUGUUUACUACCAACCAUGUAGAGAAUAGAGAACAUGUUGGUAUCCAUGGCAACAUGUCUGACCUCAUCAAGGUUUCUUCUUUGUUUUGGGGAGGGGGCAGGGCGACACCCACUUUUUAAAAUGUAAAUGUACACUAUACUGUCAGAAUAUUAGGGGCAUGUUCAUUACGCUUAGAAAAAAAAAUUGCUGAAAAAUUGGGGUGUGUAAUGAUUCCUUCAAAAAUUAUCACUUUUGAAGUUUUACAAAAUAUGCUCACAUUUAAAAAUAUUUGUCUAUAUGUCAUUUUGUGUAUGUAUCUAAAUUCAUGAAAUUCAGUAUUUGUUGUUACAUAUAACAUAUUACAAAUUGGAAACCAACACAUAUAUAAUUA